AUGGAGAUGCAUACUCUUGAUGAGAACAUUAACAUCUAUGAUGACAACCUCAUCCCUCAAGAUUCAAUCCACUUCUUUAUUUCCCUCCCUCAACCUGACUCUAAUCUCGAACCUUUUGAGGGUAUGCAAUUCGAAUCUGAAGAGGCUGCCAAGGCCUUCUACAACUCUUAUGCUCAGCGUGUUGGUUUCAACACUCGCGUUAGUAUGUCUCGUCGUUCUUGCCGUGAUGGUGCCAUCAUUCAGAGGUCCUUUGUUUGCGCCAAGGAGGGGUUUAGGGUCGAUAAAGAUAAAGAUAAAGACAAAGCUGGAAGUGAUGCUAGUGUGAAGCAUCCUCGUGCCGAGACUCGUGUUAGUUGUAAGUUUAUGUUGGUUGUCAAAAUUCAAGAUUCUAGUAGAUAA